AUGAGAACAGUAGUAGCGACUUCAACAAGUGAUAUGAAUGCGGGGAUGGUUGCGUCCUUGCUUACUAUUGAAGGAACCAUGUCCACAUUGGAGGAUUGCACUGCGCAAAUGAUCGAGAUUGGAGUGGCUGGUAGGGAAGCUAAGGUUCGUGCCGUGGUCUUGUUGCCCUGGAGUGAGUCGUGGAAAUUGCACGACGUGGAGAGCAAGACAAAGCCAUCAGAUGAGGCUACUUGCUCGAUGGAGAUUUACGCCAACGGAACCCGUGGCGAUUCCGUGCGUGUUGAGUAUAGGAGGUCAACAACGUCUGACUCGACUGCAAACAACAACAUGGAAGAGGAUAAUUUUGCCACCUUUGACCUGGUGCAUGACCCCAGCAAGUUUAGGAUCCUCCGUUCGGGUGAGCAGACAGACGACUUUAUCGAGUCCGUUAUCUUCAGUUCCAUUCAGAAGCAUAUUGACGAAACGGGUGCGUUUGAGAAGAACCCGCUGGUGGUUGACGCACUUUGUUGGGAGGUGUUCGGUAAGACCCGUGCGGAGCUUGGAGACCACACACGUGUGGUCAUGUCAACACCCACGAUGGCACCAACACCCACAGGACCCCUCAUUGUGCUGUCCUGUCGCGAACUGACAGAAGAAGAACUGCCCGACGUGUUACCACGCUUGCCUAAAGACUGGGCAUGGGUGGUUCGAGCUGCAGCCCGGCCAGCAGCCGAGGACCAUGUGGAAGACCUAUUCUUCAAAGCCGUAGUGCGAGAUCCGGAAUGGGGCUUCUUUCGUCGACAGCGCUUAUCCAAGUUAAAGUUAUACGCAGGCGCCUUGGUCGGGUGCACAGCCACUGGUGCCAUCGUGCUGUGGAAGCUGCGCAACAGCGUUGCUUCGUCACUCGACCGCGUGAGAUCCUGGGAUGGAAUGCUCGGCCGCACGACAAGCCACACGACCAUUGGCACGACUAACCACACGACCAGCGGCACGACCAACGGCAUGACCAUCGGCGAUUGGACCAGUGGCACGAGUUCAGGCGCCAGGCUGACCAACGUGAGCGGCUUAUUAAACGGCACCGACGGGUUGGUCACCGACGGGUUGGUCACCGACGGGUUGGUCACCGACGGGUUGGUCACCGACGGGUUGGUCACCGACGGGUUGGUCACGUCGACGGCCGCGGACGCGUACGCGAUCAUUCCGGCUGCUGAGUUGGCUCAAUUGCGCGAAGAGAACGACGCGGUGUGCGCUGGAAUGUGGGAACAGCGGGCACAACAAAAGUCGUCUUUCUGUGAGGGCGGCUCAACAGCGGGGGUCGUCAUGUGUAGAAAGUCUGAGGGCCAGGUUCACUGUUGGUACUUCGGGUCGCCGUACGAUUCAAAGGACGUCGAGAUGACUGCGCUUCAGAGCAUGAGGCAUGCUGGCACGAUUCUUGAUCACACUGCGUGCGAGCGCAGUUGCAAGACUGCACAGCACUCCUCUGACGCGGUCCGGCACUCCUCUGACGCGGUCCGGCACUCCGAAACAUCUGAAGACCAGCAGUCCACUGGGAGGAAUACAGCAGUCCCGGUUGAGAUCGCGUGCAAUGGCCACUGUACAGAGCCGGAAUGUAGAAGCGCAAGUUUCAAACAGCGGAUCCACCACUGCCAAUGCAACACAGCCACCGUCGUAUGCCUCACCAAUGGCCACGUGUCGGCACACAUGACCCAGCCUCAUGUGCUCAUGUCAUCGCUCAUCGAAAACGCAACACGUCAAGUUGACCAAACCCGGAAAGAGAAAAGCAAAAAACAUCUCAAAUGUCUUUACACCUGUGACAACUAG